CAUGAAUAUGGGCAUGGUCUUAAGGCUCGCCAAGAUUGAAUAAAAUCUCGGAAUAUCUGUUCAUACAUUUGUCUUCCCAAACAUCAUCACCACUCUAUCAAGAUGCAUCUCAAGCUCUACAUCUUAUUUUUGACGGUCGUUUCCGUUUAUUUGGCUUUUGCAUCACCUGUUCCAAAAGAAGCACAAGUCAACCCAAAGCGUGAUGACAUCAACGUGCCAGCCAUCGAUACUCUCUACAAGCGUGCAGAUAGCUUGUAUGUUUGGGUAGAGUUUUGCGAAGAAGAAGGAAAGAAUUGCGUUGGCCACAUCAAUCCAUACAACAAUAAGUGCUUUACCAUCUUUGGCAAGAAGAAGUACAUCCGCUUUCAUUCGAAACUUCUUUUGGAUCGUGACAGUUUUACGUUGAACACUGCUUCUUUGGAGUAUCAAACGUAUUGUCCAAAAAAUAUUGUUGCGGCUCAAACAUUUGAUCACCCACAAAACAACACUUUGCUCGAGAUCGAUCAUCCGGGCGUAAAGUAUUAUUUCAGCUAUCCCUACUAAGUGUAUCGGGAUGCAACUCUCCCACGGACAAUUUCACAGCCUCGCAAAUAUGUAGCUGUAUACGAUGGGUUAGAUACUGAAUGAGAAUCCUAUCAUACAAUCAUCUGUUUGUGUGUGUAUUGAAUGUCAGCCAGAUUGUAGAGUAGUGUUUGUGCCUUUCACCGAGUCUCUCUUUCC